GGGAGUUCAACGCCGUGGACUCUGAUCUGCCGGCAGAACAUUGGGGCAACUUCUACAGGGCCUACAGCAAUGACGCCAGCGGUGCACUUAGCCAUGCAGAGAAUGUCUGCAGAGGCUUCAUCGAGAGCGGCGCCAUGGCCAAAGCCAAAGCCCGGGGUAUCGUUGAGAACCUGGAUAGCUCCAGGCCGUUUUUGUCGAGAUUCGAGUUCAUCGAGGCUCUAGCUGCCUUAUCUGCAACCUUUCCCAAGGACAUGAACAGGAAGGUAACAGGCGCUAACAAGCGCGUGGCGCAUAUCCUCUGGCGCGCCACUGAUCCGGAUCGUGCCGCAUGGCUUUUCAACAACAGUCGACGCGUGCUGGCUCUCCUACCGUCGGGAACGUCCUCGAACGAAGCCCUUCACGCUGAGGUGAAGAAUUGGUUCUCUGAGACGCAACAGAUCCACCAAAGCACUCUAUGCCUUAAGCUGCUCAUGUUAACCUUGGGCAAACAGAUCCCACACUUUCUGGCUAUGGCGCAUCCAACCAUCAGUCAGUGCGCCAGCAGAGUUCUUCUGGCGCGAGCGGUUGCUAACUCCCCCUGGACGGAUGUCGCGCGGCAGUCCUGGUGCAGUGAGCUAAGCCACGAGGCGCAUGUGGAAAAGGCGGCCCUCCCCUACAACGAGUCACACGCAGAGGGAGUGUCCAAGGUCCGCAGUUGGAACAUGAAGCGGCCGGCCGCCGUGAAGAAGUCUCACUUCAAAAGAACAGUGUUUACUCUCAAGAGACUGUCCAAGCUCCGGACGCAGGGCACCCGCACCUGCAGGUAA